GCCGCCAUUUUCUUUCUGUGUCUGCGGAGGUCUUUUGAUCAAUUGUGGCCUACACACUCCGACAGUCACAGUUUUACAGAUCCACUUACCUCCCCUUCCUGGAAUUCUCAAGCUCAGGGAGAAUUGCCCUGGAUAUUAAUUAUAUUGUUCCAGCAUAGAGAAGAAGACAUCUGCUUUAACUGGGGAUGACUCUGGGAUCAAUGAAUAGUGAGGCAUUCAAGACUGCAUUAGCAAAUGGAUUUCUGGCUGGACUGAAUAAUUCAGUAUACGUAUUUGCUGGUGUGGGAGUCUUUGCCCUCGUAAUUAUUAUAAUUGGAGGAUGGGCGCUUAGGAAGAACAUCCGAAAAUCCAAACUUCCUGAUGAGGAGCAACCAAACAUCAGCCCCGUCAUCAGGAAAGCUUCUCUGAAAAAGGAGAAGAUAAAAAAGAAAACAAAGAAGGAGAAAAAGGAGGUGGAACAGAAGGAUGAAGAUGAGGAGGAAAUGAAGUUUGAGAAGGAGGUGAAGGUGCAGAAGAAGAAGGAUGAAAAAUCAGGGGAAGCUCAAAUUGAUACCAAAGAGAAAGCAGUACAGACAGACGGCACACAAGAAGUAAAAUGGAAACUUUUGGAGUUUUGGAUCAAUAAAGACCUAGAAGUACAGAGACGGCGAGAGGAAGAACUAAGGGAGGAGGAAGAGUUCUUUAGCUAAAGAUACCAGAGCUACGUGUACCAGCCAGGGCUCUGCCUCUUCUGCCACUCCUGUGUGCCAAUAUGUCCCGCCCCUGAGAAACCAUCUUGUAUUGUCAUCCUUCUUAUCUCUACCUCUUAUUGGGAAUUCUCCAUGGUUACUAAUUAAUAAAAUUAGACCAAGUAAA